AUUAUCAAUUCUCACGAAACAGUACAACCUCAUAAUAUAUUUCGCCCACACGCAGCACAGGGGCGCGUGGAGUUUCAAUGGCAUCGCGAGCGCUGCUUUCUAGGGCUACUCGAAUCAAGACGAAGCUCGAGGCGGCGCUGCAAGCCGCCGUUCUGGAGGUGGAGGACGUAUCCUACCAGCACGCCGGACACGCCGCCGUGAGGGAGAUGGACGGCGGCGCGAACGAGACGCAUUUCAACGUGAGAAUCGUCUCCAGCAAAUUCGAAGGGCAGAACCUCGUGAAACGACACCGUAUGGUCUACGAACUCCUCUCCGAUGAACUCCAAUCAGGUUUGCACGCUCUCUCGAUCACUGCCAAAACCCCUAAAGAAGCCGGCGUCGAUCUUAAUACUGAUAAAUAGUAUUUUUUUUUCCUUGUUCAUUCGAGUAAAUUGAUCGGAUUACUUGCUCAGAUACUGUUUGUUGAUUUGCCUGAGAGAGAUUGAUUGAUCUGAAUUUAGAUGGUGGUGUAGUAUGGGAUUUGACAGCCUUUACAAUUUUCAAUAAAUUUCAAAUCUUUUAA